AUACACCCUAAUCAUCUUCUCCUAACCCUGCCUUCCCCCCUUCCCCUUUCUUUUCCUAUAAUAUAUACCCUAAUACAUCCUAAUCACCUCCUAACCCUGCCGUCCCCCUUCCCCUUCCUUUCCCUUUCCCUGCCUUCCUCUUCCCUAUCCACUCCCUCCCUGUUUUCUCUCUCCCUGCCUAACUCAGUGCAUCCCCUGUCACCCUGUUGCCUCACUCUAUACUUGUCUGACCUCAAAUACAGCAGAAAGGAAAAGGAAAAAGAAGGGUUAAGUGGAAAAGAAAAUAGGUCAACUGGAUAAUCCCCAUUUUUGAGUAGCAAGUAAUGACAAAAACGUGUUAAAAAAAUAGAGAAAUCCAUGUGUUUUAAGAACCAAAUACCUUACUCAGAUUACGCUUCCUGCUUCCCAGAUUCACCUUAGAGAAAUAAUAUAUAUAAAACAAAUAGAAAAAAAAACUCGAAAAUAGGCAAAUGUACGUAACUAAAAACUGCAAAGAUGUAUUAAGAAAAACUGACUGGGGUGUUUUAAGAAGCCAUUAACCUUCCCGCUUUACGUAAAGAACAUAUAUAUAUAAAUAGAAAUAAAAGGGAAAAUACUUAACUAAUUAGAAGGCUUGUAUGAAUAGCACAAAAAAAAACAGUAAAAAGGUAUUAAGAAAAUUUAUUGGGGUGUUUAAGAAGCUAUAUAUAAAACUACAAAGAAAAGGUAAAAAUGAAACGGUGUAGAGGAGGAGGAGAAGGAAGAAGAAGAAGAAGAAGAAGAAGAAGAAGAGGAGGAGGAGGGAUUCGAAGAAGAGGUAAAAGAAAAAAAAUAUCAAGUUAGUAAAAAGUGGAAGGAAAGAAAGAAAAGAAACAGGAGAAGGAGAAGAAUAAGAGGAAGAAGAAGAAGAAGAAGAAGAAGAAAAGGAGGAGGAGGAGGAGGAGGGAGUCGAAGAAGAGAUAAAAGAUAAAAAAAAUAUAUAUCAAGUCAGUAUGAAGUGGGAGGAAAGAACGAAAAGAAACAGGAGGAGAAGAAGAAGAGGAAGAGGAAGAAGAGAAGGAGGAGAGGAGAAGUAAAUAAUAUCCGUAAAGGUUCAUUCAGGUGUUCAUUAUUAAGGAGUGACUAUUUACCUGUUCCGCGCCCUCCACCUGGCCGCCGAACUCACCUCAGCGCGCGGGACGAGGGCUGAGGACAGGUGUGGAGGCGCCCAGGUGUGCUAUUAUCGACAGGUGAAGUGAGCGACAUGACCUUCUUUGGCGGCUCCUUUAGGCUCCUCCUCCUCCUCCUCCUCCUCCUGUUUCUUUUUAGUUCUUUUCUCUCUUUCACUUCCUCUCACCGACUUGAUUAUAUAUAUAUUUUUUUUUGCCUUUUACCUCGACGACUCCUUCCUUCUUCUCCUCUUCCUCCUCCUCCUCAUCAUCAUCAUCACCCACGUUAUCCUAUUCCUUCCAUUCUCUUUCCCUUCUCCCUCUAUGUGCCUUCUCUUCCUUCUCUAUCUCUACUUUCUCUAUUUUCGUUUAUUCUCCUUUCCCUUCCCUUAUGUCCACCUACGUAAGCCUGUUCCUUCCAUUCAUUCUUUCCUCUCUUCCAUCUCCUCUAUAUCUCCUUUCCCUUAUCUUCCUCCUUUCUCUUAUCCUCUACUUUCCUUUGUUCUUUCCUUCCAUAUGUUCUCUCCCCUUUCCCUCGAUCUCCCCCUCUCUCUGCUCUCUUUCCUCUCUUCCCCUUUACUCCUGUGUUCUCUUUUCCGCCCUUUUAUCUCUCUUUUACUCCCCUCUUAUCCACGUUAUCUUGUUCCUUCCAUUCAUUCCUCCCACCUUCCACCUCCACCCACUCUCCUUCUCUCUCCUUCUCGCUCCCUCUGACCCUCUCUCCACCCCUCCCUCAGCACCGCGAUGCUCAGAUAUUCGAUAAUACCCGCCUGCCUCGCCCCGGAUGAGUCAAAGGUUCUGAUCCUGCGCUGGGACACACGAGGGAUAAAAGUGGACUUAAAUUAGAUUAGGUGACGUUAGGCCAGGUGAAGGGAAGCUGCCUUGGGGUCCUCCUCCUCCUCUUCCUCUUCUUCCUUUUCCUCCUCCUCUUUUUCGUGUGUGCUUCGUACCUGAGAUGAAUAUGGAAAUGGAUAAAGGAAGGAAGAUGUAGAGGAGGACAAAUAAGAAGAGGAGGAAAGAGAAGAAGAAAAAUAAAAGGAAAAGGAGGAGGAGAAAAAAAAAGAAAAAAAGAUGAAGAAGAGGAGGAAGUUUUAGUGAAUGAUGAAGAAAUGUACCGUACUUAAGUCGUUGUUUUGUGUGUCUGUUCGUGUGUGCGUGUGUGUCCGUGUGUGUGGGUGGGUGUGUGUGGGUGGAUUAGUGCACGUUCCCACACACGCACACACGCCUACACGCACGCACACACGCACGCUAUCGGGUAUGGGAGCGGUGCCUCUGGGAAUGUGUCUGGUCGAUAAUUGAUUCCUAUUAAUGAAUCUCCUGAUGUGUUUGGCUCAUGGAUUUACCUUCCUGCCCCUCCUCCUCCUCCUCCUGCUUCUCCUCAACUUCCUCAUCUUCCUCCUCCUCUUGCUCCUUCUCUUCCUCACUCUCCUCCUCCUCCGCACCUUCUCUCCUGCUUCUCCUCGCCCUCUUCCUCCUCCUCCUCUUCCUGUUGUUCCUCCUCCUCCUCCUCCUUUUCCUCAGUUAACUUCUCCUUCUUCUUCUUUUCUUCCUGUUCCUCCUCCUCCUUCUCCUACUUCUUAUCAUUAUCCUUCUUCUCUUUGUCUUCUUCCUCCUUCUUUUCCGUAUUUUUCUCUUCCUGUUCCGGCUUUCAUUUUUCCUUCUCUUUUUUGUCCUUCUCCUCCUUCUCCUUCUCCUUCGUCUCCUUCUUACCUUUCUCUUUAUCGUUCUCCUCCUCCUUCUCUUCUUCCUUUUAUUUAUUUAUCUUCCGCCUUUUCUUCCUUCUCCUUUUCCUUCUCUUCAUCUUCCUCCUCCUCCUCCUCCACUUCCUUUUCAGCAUCCUCCUCCUCCUCCUCCUCCUCCUCCUCCAACUCCUCCCUAUCCAUCUCUCUCAUUUCCUUCUACUUCUUCUCCGCUUCCCUUUCUCCCAUUUCUUUCAUUUCCAUCUUUUCCUUUCCCUUUGUAUCGCAUUAUUCCCUUUCCCUUUUCUUUCUUUUCUUCUCUCGUCUUUUCCUUUUCCCUUUCUUUCAUUUCGUUUUCUUUUUUACUUUCAUUCGUUUCUUAUUCUCUCUCUAUCUGGUCCUCUCCUUUCCUUUCCUUUCUUUUCUUAUCUUUUCCUUCCCUCCUUUCCUUUCCUUUCCCUUGCUUUCUUUUCUUGUCUUUUCCUUCCCUACUUUCGUACAUUUUAUUUCCCUUUUUAUCCUUUCUUCUCAUUUCUUUCUUUCAUUGCCUUUCCUUUUUACUAACUUCCUUUAAUUAGUUUCUCUGUAUCGCGGCCAUUCUGUUCCUCUCCUCCUUGUCUUCCUCCUAUUCCAUCCUUCCCUUCUUUCCUCUCUUCCUUCCUACCUUCCUACCUUCCUCUUUCUUUACCACUAACAUCCUUUUCCUCUCUUUCUCUGUAUUGCACUCAUUCCUUUCCUCUCCUCUUGUCUCCUUCCCAUUCCAUUCUCUCCUUCCACUUCCUUCCUCUCUUCCUUCCUUCCUUCCUUCCUUCCUUCCUUCCUACCUUCCUAUUUCUUUACCACCCAUUCCGUUCCUCUCCUUGUCUCCUUCCCAUUCCAUCCUCUCCUUCCACUUCCUUCCUCUCUUCCUUCCUUCCUUCCUCCCUCUUUCUUUACCCGAAUCAAUGGCCGUAAUUUUUGGGACUUGGCCGCCAACUAACUAACGAAAAGGAGCGAUAAAUUCUCCGGCUCGUUUUGUAACUUUUCCCUCUCGUCGCCGCAGACACAGGCGCUCCCUUGGUCACCGCGGGGUCAUAUUCUGGAACAUUUCGCCGUCCAAGUGCACUCACGUUCGACAAGGCUUUCGUAGGGGAUUGUGGCGCUUCCAUGGGUAGUUUUAUGACCCAGGUGGUAGUUUGGGCAUUCAUCUGUACCAUGACAAGCUGAUUAACCUCUUUGACAAGGCCUUCGUAGGUAUUGUGGGCGUUUCCAUGGGUAGUUUUAUGGCCCAGAUGGUAGGUUGAUCAUUCUUCUUAACCAUGAACGUGAAACAGCACUCUUUGAUGAGGUUUUCGUGGGUGUCUCGGGCAUUUCCAUCGGUAGUUUUGUGGCCCUGGUGGUGGGUUGAUCAUUCUUCUUAACCAUGUACGUGAAACAACACUCUUUGAUGAGGUUUUCGUGGGUGUUUUGGGCAUUUCCAUCGGUAGUUUUAUGGCCCUGGUGGUAGGUUGAUCAUUCUUCUUAACCAUGUACGUGAAAGAGCACUCAAGAGAACCCGAUUAAUCUCCUUUUCGGCCUUGGAGAAACGUCGAUGUGAGAGCCGGAAGCGUCUGAAAAUACCGGACCUUAUUAAUCUAUACCUGUACCACAUCGUUCACUCUUUCUACCUGGCGUGCACCUUUGCUUUGGCCAGGUGAGAGAGAGAGAGAGAGAGAGAGAGAGAGAGAGAGAGAGAGAGACAGACAGACAGACAGACAGACAGACAGAAAAAGUGAAGGGAGGAGAGAGAAUAUGACCCAUUAGUGUUUACCUUCGCUGCGUCUUUCACUGUCUACCUUUGCGAAUUAUUUACCGACAUGCACCUUUGCUUUGGCGAGGUGAGGGGGGGGGGGGGAGGAAGAGAAAGAGAGAGACACAGAGAGAGAAAGAGAAGGGAGAAGAGAGAAUAUGGCCCGUUAGUCUUUACCUGCGCUGCCUCAAUCACUGUCUACCUUUGCGAAUUAUGUACCGACAUGCACCUUUGCUUUCCCGGGGAGAGAGAGAGAAAAAGAGAGAAAAGGGAGGAGGAGGAGAGAUAGAAGGGAAGAGGGAGGAGGGCGGAGAGAGAGUCCUUCUGAUAAGAGGUUCGUGGUUUCCUCGGCGUGCGUGCGGGAGCAGAGCAGAGCGGCGAAGGAAAUUAAGUGACAUGAUUUUUUCCCCUCCACCCACCUCCUCCUUUUGUCGGCGCCUUGGAGCCGUGCCGAGCGGCGCCUUUCGCUACCACCUGGAAAAGGUUUUAUUCCCGCCCGCCCCGCACUGCCUGGCCGGCCGUGAGUGCGUGUGUGCGUUUUUCUGGUGGGGCUCAGCAGGACGAUGUGCUUUCAAAGAUUAUGUUAAAGAAAGCACAUAGUAUUUACAGUCACCCUCUCUGCACAUGUCCCCCCUUCUUUUCCCUUCGUUUCCUUUUCACUGUCAUCCUUUCUUCACAUAUUAUUUCUCCCUUUCCUUUCCUUUCCCUUCAUUUCCUUUUCACUGUCAUCUUUUCUUCACAUUUCCCCUUCCUUUCCCUUCAUUUCCUUUGCUUUAUCAUCCCUUCUUCCCAUACUUCCCCCUUCCUUUCCCUUCAUUUCCUUUUCACUGUCAUCCUUUCUUCACAUGUUCUCCCUUCCUUUCCCUUCAUUUCCUUUUCACUGUCAUCCUUUCUUCACAUUUCCCCUUCCUUUCCCUUCAUAUCCUUUUUGCUGAUGUGGAGAGGUGUGACCAAUCAGCCUGACUUCCCGAAUUAUAGAGAGUGAAAGUCCCCCAACACACACACACACACGCACCUCACCUCCCCGAUAACAGACUCGCGGGGCCUUCCUCCCAGCAUUACAGGUAUAAAACAAUUAGCGUUGAUCCCUGAGUUCUAAAUUAGCGCGAGUAACUAUGCAAAUUGAGGCGUAUGAACUUAGUGGCGGCGAUGUAAUUACUGAAUCCCGAAUCAAUAGCGUCUGAUUGAAGUAAGUGGACUCGAUAAACAUAGGUCUUGUGUUCGAUAGUGAUCAAUAUAGGCGAGCUGAUGAUAGGCUGGGGCUGUGGGGGGCUCAUGGGCGUUCGGGGGUGCUGGUGAUUCUGGGUCGUAUUUUAAAACAUUUCGUUGCCCAAGUUCACAUAUUUGACAUGGCUUUCGUAGGAGCUGUUGGCCUUUCCAGGGGUAGUUUUAUGACCCUGGUGGUAGUUCGACCCUUCCUCUGUGGCAUGAACCUUAAAAAACAUUCAUGAAAACCCGAUUGAUCCCCUCUUUGACCUUUAGAAAUAGUUGAUGUGAGAAGCGAUGGUGUCUUAAAAUACAGUCCUCUGCCUCAGCACCGUCAGCAGCACCACAGGAAGCAUGACGGAGGGUGAUUUAUGUGUGUGUGUGUUAGGUGUCAGCAGCGUGGUGGAGAUGACGCAAAGGUGUCAGCUGAGGUGCAAGUCAUGGGAAGAGUGUUUUUGUGACCACACGCUAGAAGUCAAAGGUGUCACGCUGGUCAAAAAAGGAUCAGGUCUGAAAUUGACCUUUCUUUUGGCCGCUCAUUACAUUUGUCUUUGUGGGAACAGCGAUUAGCUUUUUUUUUUUUUUUUUUUUUUUUUUCCUGAGCUGUUUCUUUAGCUGUGGAAAAAAAUACGCUACCGGUCAAAGCUAAGAUGUCAUGGUGGUCAAAAGGGUGUAUUUGACCAUAGGAUCCCCGUCAAAACAAAGGUCAAAGGGUCAAAACAAAGGUCAAAAGGUGCAGUGUUUGUCUUUCUAACAAUACGUGCCUGGUCAAAACAAAGGUCAGAAGGUCAAAACGCUGGCCAAAAGGUGCAGUGAGUGUCUGUCCAUACGCUACCAGGUCAAAACAAAGGUCAGAAGGUCAAAACGCUGGCCAAAAGGUGCACUGAGUGUCUGUCCAUACGCUACCAGGUCAAAACAAAGGUCAGAAGGUCAAAACGCCGCCCAAAAGGUGCACUGAGUGUCUGUCCAUACGCUACCAGGUCAAAACAAAUGCAUCCUACUGAUCAAGAGGUGAAGGUCAUGGCAAGUGUCUUUCUAACCACAUACUGAAGGUCAAAACAUCAGGACACCUCUCCUCCCGAAAUUGACCUCUCUU